GUUCGCGGCAGCGCUUCUGCCACGGCUGGCCUCGGCCGCGCUGGCGAGUGGCGCGGCGUCGGCGCUCGCUGCCCAAGGCCUCGGCGCCCCGGCCGCCGCGGAGAUGCUCCGCGACGCAUCUCUGCUGACGACGACCGCCGGCGGGUUUGUCGCCGGCUCCACCCUCGUCCCCAAGCGAGCUCAGAAGCUGCUCCACCCGCUGCUCACCUGCACGCUGUGCACGCACGCCGCCGUCGCGGCGCUCGCUCUCGCCACCGCCCAGCCCUUCUCCGUCCUCCUCCGCUCCUACCUCCUUCCCGGCGCCGCCCCGCUCGCUGCGCCGGGCAACCUGCUGCUCGCGAUGCUCGGACCGGCGACGCUCUCGUUUGGCUUCUCCAUGUACGAGAAGCGCCGACUUCUCGCCGCCUCGCUGCCAGCCGUCACCGCCGCCACCGCCGUCGCCGCCACCGGAGGUCUCUUCGGGUCGGCUGCGGCGGCGCGAGCGCUCGGGCUCGACGCGGCGCUGCGGGCGGCUGCGAUCCCGAGGCAGGUGACGGCGCCGCUCGCCAUUGCAAUCUCCGGCUUGGUUGGCGCCGACCCGGGCAUCGCUUGCACGAUCGUCGUCCUCACCGGCCUUGCAGUCGCCAACUUUGGCCUCGCGCUGCUCGACGCGGUCGGCGUGACCGCGCCCGUGGCGCGCGGGCUGGCGAUGGGCGCCGCGGGCCACGGCAUCGGCACCGCCGCCACCGCCGCAGAGCCGGCCGCCUUCCCGUUCGCCGCGAUCGCGAUGG